GAAAAUUAUUAAUGUUAUAAGCUAUCGUACGUGCGUCGGUGUAGUGAUUUAAACAUAAUUAAACAAGAUUAAUAUUGUGACACGAGUAAUCACAUAACCAACAUCUGCGAAAGAAGUAACAGCUGUGAUAAUUUGACGGUCUUAAUAGCGAAAUAAUCAUUUUUAUAUCGAUUACAACUGUUCGAUAUGCAGGAACAAGAUUGCUCGAUCGUUAUAAAUACGGGAAAGUUAUUUGAAUGGCUCGUUAAUAGAAGGCAUUGUAAACGGGAUUGGCAAGACAGCAUUCCAAUAAUAAGAGAAAAAAUCAAUAAUGCUUUAGAGACUAUACCCGAGAACAAAGAAUUAUCAGAAAUAUUACGUAGUUCAUAUAUAACAUAUUUUCACUGUCUAAGAAUCAGAAAGAUAUUAGACAGCGGUACAGGUAAUGGCAGAUUGAGCAGUUAUUUCAAUACCAAUGAUAAAACGAAACCUUGGCGAAAAAUUAUAUCCCUGUAUGAAAAGGACAAUGUCUAUCUGGCUGAGGCGGCUCAAAUGAUAAUAAACAAUCUUAAUUGUGAGAUACCAACAUUGAAGAAGCAGAUACAAAAUCUAGAACAAAAGAAAACUGAAUUCAAAGAGAAAGAAAUUGAAUAUAAAAGAUUAGAAAAUCUAUCAUUUACAGAAUACAAUAUUUGGUGUAUGCAAUUAGGAAUAACAGGAUUUUCUAAAAAAAUAAAAAGUGAAUUGAUCGAAAAGUUACGCGAAUUACCUGAUAUUUAUGAUAAGCUUGCCGAAAAAAUUAAAGCAUUAGAUAAUGUGGUUGAAUUUUAUAAUGCAUUUGUGGAAUUUACUCUUGGCCACCGACAUAAUGGAGGCUGCGUUCCAAUGAUUAAAUACAUUAUUGAUAAAGGAAAUACAACGACUUACGAAUGGACGUACGGAGAAUGUCCGUUACACAUAACCGAACCAAUUCUCAAUUAUAAUUUAUACAAUGAUGAUACAAGUCUUGAAGAAUGUCAAAUAGUAAAUGAUGACAAUAAAAUAGAUUACAGCGAUUUGAAUUUGGAUGCUGAAAUAAAUGUUGGCGAUGAGAAUCAAUUAGAUGGAGAAAUAGAUUGGAGUGGAAUCGAUGAAGAUCCAGUAGCAGCAGUUGAAGGAGAUUUUGAUAUUUCAUUAGAAGAAUCUGGCGUGUGUGUUGAGGAUAAAGGAAAUGACGAAGGACACGCAACUGGUGUUCAGGCACUCACAGUAUUAGAUAAUAUAGAGACAAGAAAUGAUUUCAUCAAUCAGCUAUUUGAAUUGGAGGCAUUUUUGAAAUUGCGAUUAUACGAGUUUAAAAGUAAUAGUAACAAAAAUAUUAUGGACAUUAGUCACUUGCAAGAAUCGCCUAUUCUUCAAGUUUCAACUAUAGAUAGUAUACAGAACAUGUUGGAUAAUGUUCAACUUAUACUUUCGGAAAUACUAUUUGAUCGUAAAUUAGAGCAUUUGCACAAUAUUAAACAUUAUCCAAAUUACGUUGACAUGUUUAUAGGAGUUUUCAAAAAUUGUAAGGAAACAGCUAAGAAAAUGCAACGGUUACAAUUGACAAUGCAAGAUCAGCUAACGAAAAUUACCAGCAAACUUAAUGAAAUUAAGUCACUGUUAAAAAUCGUAGUUGCAAAUACAAGAAAUUUAAAAAAUGAUAUUGAGAAAGAGAUUUCUAAAAUGUAUAAUAAUCGUAAUGUAUAUUUGACAGGUGCAAUAAAUACUUUAUAA